AUGUCCGCGGCGCCAGAACCGGCGGAGUCGUCGCAGACCAGGCAGGGAGCGGAGCCGGAGAAGCAACGCAAGUGGGUGGCCCUGCUCUCCGCCCCCCUCCUCCUCGACGACGACGACGACGACCGCGACAUGGAGCUCGACCUCGACGACCCGCCGCGGCCCUCCCGCCUGUUGCUGCGCAAUCGCUGCGCCCACGACCCCAGGCGGCGCAGGGACACGGACGAGCAGCCGUCCGCCAACAUCCUCGCCGUCGCCGCCGACCGCUCCUCCCGUGUACUCGUCCAGUUCGGUGAAGGCGGCAUCAUCUACCUCCUCGAUGCCGACGCUAACGCCCGCACCGUCAUCCGCCUCCCGCCCGUGCCGUCCUCUCUUCGGAAGAAAUCUCUCUACGUCAGCCCCGACCGCAGCAUCGGCCUCAUCGCGCACCCGCACAGCCCCGCGCACUACGUGGUCGCCCAGCUACACCCCGGCCGCCACCUCCGCCGACCGCGCGACAGGCUUCUGUACUACUCCACGUUCACCCAACGCUGGGCCGAGAGGGAGCUCGCCCAGCCCCAGGGCCGCACGCGCGAUCCCAGCGCCGAGCACGGCGUCAUCGCCCACGACGGCCGCCUGUGGUGGCUCGCCCUUGGCUGCGGGCUCUUCUCCUGCGACCCCCUCGGAACUGAGCCCCUGCGCUUCCUCCCGCUCCCGGACGACUGCGAGCUGGCCGACGACGUCGCCUUCAACCCCGGCACCAGCAAACUCAUCAAGCAGCGCCGCUGCGUCAGGGCCAGCGAGGGCAAGCUCCGCUUCAUCGAGAUACGCGGCCUCUCCUACGACGUGCGGGCCGCAGACGACGUGCUCCACGCUGACGCCACCAUCAGGAUGUGGACGCUCGUCGACCCGGAGGGCCCGGACCCCUGGAAGGUCGAGUACGAGGCGCCGUUCGCCGAAAUCUGGGCAGCCAAGACAGACACCGAUGCAGGCCUGCCGCAGCGCAAGGUGCCCCACGUCGCCUUCGUCGACCCCGACGACCACGGCGUCGUCUACUUCCUCUACGGCUCCAAGCUAUUCGGCUUGAACAUUCACAAGAGACAGGUCGUAGCCUGCGAGGAAGGCUACGGUGACCGGGAACACAUGUUCCACCGCCCCGUCGUCGACGCCUGGAAGCUGUCGCCACCAACACCCCCGAUGCUG